AUGGAACUAACUUUCCCUCAACAUGAAGGCUAUGCCAGCAACGAAGAUUCCACUGUUUCUGAUUGCGAGAGUGCUGUUUCCCCCACCCAAGUGCUGCGUCAAAAUAAUCUUUUCAUUAGACUUGAAGAAGGCGACGUGCUUCAUGAUCUCAUUAAAAGAAGGUUCCUUCGUGGACUGGGCUUGCUCGGCCCCAAAACAGAGCUUGUAGCCGUUCACCGAAAUGCAUGUUCCACCGUAGUUUCGCAAGCGCGCCUUCAAUCGUUUCAGGUUUACUCAAGGGCGGUGGCAAAGCUCCGCCAUGGGGAUGCCAAUGUCAAGUAUGCUUGGUACGGAACUCGCGGAGAGAAGGAGAUCAGCGACGUCGUUUCACACGGUUUUAGUCACGCACAUGGUCAAAAACUUGUUCUCAGUCCAGAUGACUCUCCUCUCCAAAGUGCGAAAAGUUGUGUUGUUGGGAAAGACGGUUUGAGGCACGCGUUAUUGUGCCGCGUUAUUCUGGGGAGGCAAGAGCUUGUGAACCCUGGCAGUGGCACACAGCAAUGUUGUCCGAGUUCGGAGGAGUACGAUUCUGGGGUGGAUAGUUAUACAGCUCCUAGCAAGUACAUAAUUUGGAGUAACAGAAUGAACACUCAUGUCUUGCCUGCAUAUGUUAUUAGCUUCAGGGUUCCUUCUUUCAAAGGGAUUGAGAAUAGUGAAGAAGAACCUUUGAGACCGACUUCGCCUUGGAUGCCAUUCCCGACUCUGAUUUCGGUGCUUUCCAAGUUUUUGCCUGCACAUGAUGUUGCAAUGAUCUCAAAGUCCUACAAAGAUAAAAAAGAAAGAAAGAUUUCACGACGUGAACUGAUACAAAGAGUGAGACAAAUAGCGGGAGAUAAGUUGCUGGCUUCAGUCAUCAAGACUUACAGAAACAAGAGAAAAUCAAGCUUUCAGCAAACAAUUUCAAGGAAUGGUUUAGGGGCGCGGAUAGAGUGA